AUGCUGAACGACCAGUUUGGUAUGGCCGGUUUCGUGACGUACUGGAGGAUGGCCACCGAGCAGCAACAUCUACUCUCUAUGGCCAUCGGCUACGAUCUCACCGGACUCGGGUUGAAUAUCAGCAGCAACUCUGACCGACUCCUCUACACAACAUUCGGCGGCCCUUGGGCGGAUUACCCAUGUCGGCCACAGGAUAUGGAUGCUCGUGUCCCCGUUGAGUACCUCACCAACGCCACGAUACGCGACAAGUUGCCCAACAUCCGGCUGCACAAACUCGGCGAGGACGUCCUCUUCUUCCUGUUCUACAAUUGCCCCGGCGAGUCGCCACCGUACGCCAAGUUGCUGAGCACCGAAGACACUAUCAACAUGCUCUGGCGCGCACCGCCUACUACCGGCGAUGAGGAGGAGAAGACUUUCUGGUACCCGAAAUGCCUGAUCGUCGACAAGGACAAGCUGCUGGAGCACCAACUGUAUCGAUUCGAGCGCAACAUCUUCCUCGACUGCACCACGAAUCCCUUCUACAAAAAUGCACAGGCUGGAGACAAGGAAAAACUUGCCGUCAAGGUGGAGAAGUGCGGGAAGGCCGACGAUGUCGACUGGAAUUUCUGCCUCGACAUCGUGGAGGUCGAUCUCGCAAAGUUCGAGAAAACGAUCCUCCGGGCACCGACCGCGGAUGCUUCCAAGGGCGCUGAUGGCCCUCCGCUCUACAUCCGCGUCACCGUAUUGACGGCUGUUGUCGUUGGCGGCAUCAUUUUCAUCAUCAUGGCGGUCCGCUUCUGGGAAGCGGUACUGGUCGCCAGGCAGGUUUUUGCGGUACACAUCACAGAAAUAAUCCAGAAGGCUGAGGCUGACGAUCGCCGUACGGCCGGCACCUUCAAAUGGGGAACGGCGCUCGAUCGCGAGAUCGGCUGGAGCAAUGGAUGGGCCGAUCCCCUUGACGACGAUCACGAGGAGCGCAUGACGGCCUACAACAAGCCGAUCCGCCGUGUCAGCCGCUUCAUGCUAUGGCCCUUGUCGACGAAGGCCGGUGCCGAGAGAGCCGACGUCGAAGACAGCGAUGCAGCGGCCGCUAUGCAGGACGCACUCGCCCAGUGGGCGCCCAAGGCCAGCACGCCAGCGUCCGCCCCGGCUGCCACGCCAGAGUCCGCCCCGGCUGCCACGCCCGAGUCCGCCCCGGCUGCCACGCCCGAGUCCGCCCCGGCCGCCGAAACCCCUGUCACCCCGUCCGCAGCGGCCACGGUG